UGAAUCCAUGAACACAAUUAAAGAUGAAGAAUAUCACAUGCCAGUAGUGAGUGAAUACGGAGUUAAAAAUCAACCAGUGGAAAUAUAUCUAACUCUUAAUAAACCAAAGACAACACUGGGUUGCCCUUUAACCUGCAAGGGAGGGGAAUCUGCUUCUCAAGAACAACAUUUCCCAAACACCAACAUUUCUAAACUCACAGGAUGUGCACACAUCGAAUAUCCAUCUAUUCCGAUCAAGGAGGAACCAGCCUCGUGUGACGAAGGAAGUCUAUCAGACACUGACAUUAAUACAGCCACAGGACGUGCACAGAUAGAAUAUCCAUCUAUUCCGAUCAAGGAGGAACCAGCCUCUUGUGACGAAGGAAGUCUAUCAGACACUGACAUUAAUACAGCCACAGGACGUGCACAGAUACAAUAUCCAUGUAUUCCGAUCAAGGAGGAACCAGCCUCGUGUGACGAAGGAAGUCUAUCAGACACUGACAUUAAUACAGCCACAGGACGUGCACAGAUAGAAUAUCCAUCUAUUCCGAUCAAGGAGGAACCAGCCUCGUGUGACGAAGGAAGUCUAUCAGACACUGACAUUAAUACAGCCACAGGAUGUGCACACAUUGAAUAUCCAUCUAUUCCGAUCAAGGAGGAACCAGCCUUGUGUGACGAAGGAAGUCUAUCAGACACUGACAUUAAUACAGCCACAGGAUGUGCAAAGAUAGAAUAUCCAUCUACUUAUAUUAAGGAGGAAUCACCUGUGUGUGAAGGUGGACGUAUAACAAAUGUUAAUACCUAUACACCCGCAGAAUGUAAACCUCCAAUCAAGGAAGAAUCCUUUUUACGUAGAAAAGAUAUUUGCACAGACAGUUCUGAACCCCCGGAACCCACACACACAGGAUACACACUCCGUGUUAUAAAGGAUGAACUAAUCUCACAGGAAGAAGAAGAUAUUACACCCAUAGCAAAUAACUUGAUAGAUUCAGAGGCAAAUUCAUCUGUGAAAAGGGAUUUCAUAGAUGGUUGUAUUGCUACAGAAUAUGCAUCAACGGGAAGUAAAUCCACACAUGCCAACGGAUUCUAUAAUGAAGGUAAUCACAUUCAAGAAACAAAUAGAUUAACCCCGAUGCAGAACAAUGAAUAUAGUAACAAUAAUAAUAACAAUGUGCCUAAGCGGAAGAAACCAUUUUCAUGUCCAGAAUGUGGAAAAUGUUUCACUUGUAAAUCAAAUCUUGGCACACAUAUAAGAAUUCAUAAAGGUGAUAAACCAUUCUCCUGCUCUAAAUGUGGAAAACGGUUUACUCAGAGCUCUGCACUUUUUGCGCAUCAGAGAAUUCAUACCGGAGAGAAACCAUUUUCAUGCACUGAAUGUGGAAAAAGAUUUACGAAGAGUACAAAUCUUGUUACCCAUCAGAGGAUCCACACAGGAGAGAAGCCAUUCAGAUGUUCUGAAUGUGGGAAAUGUUUUACUCGGAAAUUCUCUCUAGUUGCACACCAGAGGACUCACAAUGGAGAGAAACCAUUUUCUUGUUCCGAAUGUGGGAAAUGUUUUACAGGUCGAACAGCUCUUGUUACACAUAAACGAAUUCACACAGGAGAAAAACCAUUCUUGUGUUCAAAAUGUGGGAAGUGCUUCACGCAACGUUCUGCUCUCGCUACGCAUCAAGUCUUACAUGUGAGAGACGCUAUUCAACUUUUAUCAGCUCCUCCCGCAAGCUGCCAGGCAUUGAUUGACAGUCUCUGGAAUCCCGUGUACCGCCUUAUGAAGGGAGGUCCAUUGAAGGUCAUUCCCUUCCAUAUGGACUGUUAUUCUGUGAUGAUGAACAAGGACAGGAAUCAGAUGACUGAGACGAUUCUGGAUCUCACCCUGGAGAUCAUCUACCUGCUGACUGGAGAGGAUUAUGUCAUUAUAAAGAAACCUGGUUCUUAUAGCACGCACAGCAGCAAUGCCCGAGUGUCAGAAGGAUCAUACAAGACCCAAGGCCUUAGUAUGGUGGUUUCACCUUACUCAAUAAUACAAGACGGAAAUAAAGGCAAGAAAAUACUGGAACUGAUUGACAAGAUCAUUCAUCUCCUGACAAUCGAGGAGUGGAAUGAUUUGGAACAGAGUAAUCCAAAGAAAGAUGUGGUGAUGGAGACACACCAACUGUUCAUCUCUCUAGAUGGGUCAGUGAGCAGAGAUGUACCAGGUGCAAAUCACAAACCUAUUCCAACAGUAAAUUUUGGAAAGAAAUCUGAACGAGACAAUAAGGCCAAUCACAUCAAGACAUAUCUGAAUAUAAAUAAGCCAAUGAAGACACAGAUAAACUCCAAAACUUGUAAAGAUAAAUCAGUAAUGUGUGCAGAAGGAACAUUAACAAACUAUUACACACCUACAGAACAUACACAGACAGGAUACAGAUCUUUCUAUGUAAAGGAGGAACCAGCCUCACGAGAAAAUGUCACAGACCCUGAGAUUUCGAGAUUCACAGAACAUCCACAGGUAGAAUAUACAUUUACUUGUAUUGAGAAGGGGUCAGUUGCAUGUGAACAGGGGAACCCCAUCCAUAUAGACCAUUAUUUACCUACAGAACAAAUACAAACAGAAUAUUCAUCUAGUCAAAUAAAGGAGGAACCAGCCUUACAUGGCGUGAGUAAUCUUACAGAUAUUGACUUCUAUUUAUCCACUGACCAUUUACAGACAGAAUGUGCAUCUUCUGAAAGCAAGGAGGGAUUAGUGUCCCAGAAGGGUGGGAUCCUCAAAGACAUUGAUAUGUAUCCACCUACAUAUCAAACCAACCCACAUCUUACAUCAUGUAAUGUAAAACAUAAUUUGGCUUCAUGUAAAGAAAAGGUUCACAAACAGAAGAAACUAAAUUGUUUUGAUUGUGGAAAAACAUUUCCAUAUAAAUCAAUGCUUGUAAUUCAUCAGAGAGUUCAUACAGAAGAGAAACCAUACACUUGCCCUGUAUGUGGAAAAUGUUUUAGCCGGAAAUCCCAUCUUGUUACUCAUCAGAAGAUCCAUACAGGAGAAAAACCAUACAGUUGCCCUGAAUGUGGAAAAGGUUUUAACCAGGAAGCAAAUCUUAUUGCUCAUCAGAGAAUUCACACAGGAGAGAAACCAUUUUGUUGUUCUGAUUGUGGAAGGUGCUUUAGCCGAAAGAUAUAUCUUAAUACACAUCAGAGGACUCACACAGGAGAGAAACCAUUUUCCUGUUCUGAAUGUGGCAAAUGCUUUAGUCAGAAGUCAGCUCUGAAUACACAUGCCAGGACUCACACAGGACAGAAGAAAUGUUCUUGCCCUGAAUGUGGGAAAUGUUUUAGUCAGAAGUCUUAUCUUAAUGUACAUCAGAGGAUUCACAUAGGGCAAAAAUCAUUUUCUUUUUCUAACUGAGAAAAAGACGUUGGUUCCAAGUAACCUCUUAACACCAAAGGACUCACAUUUCUCCUAGGCCGAAGCCUUCCUUUCCUAACUUUCCAAAGCCUUCCUUGCUAUAAACUUAAAUAGACUCUUAAAAGUCUACAUGCGGUUUCUGAAAACCGAACCUUCAAAGUAUUUCUUACAUUUUAGAGCAUUGUAAACAUUUAAAUGCCUCAUGGUCUAAUUUAAUGGACAAAUAAAACAGAAGGUUCCUUAUUCAUUCUUUUCUUUCUUAAAGGGACUUUCUCCGCACCAAAACCACUUCAUCUAAAUAAAGAUGUUGUAAUGUAUAAACCCAGUCCCAAAAGUCAGCGAUAUAAAGUGUUGCCUUGGCAAAAAAAAUGACAAUAAUGCCCUUAUAACACACCUCUAAAGACUGAUCGACACUAGAUGC